ACUCACUGGAGAUAACGGGCACCAACCGCGUGAUGUGAUCGCUUGGUUCGCUGCCCCUUUGGCGCUACUGGGCGGCGGUAUAGUUCUUGCUCUCUCACGGAUCCGCGCAACGUCCGCGCAUGAUGAAUUUCCUGGGGAAGCGGCGAGUGCGGUGUAUCCUCGAGCGGUGCCAAGUCUGCUGCUUCUCGCGGUAAGAAGCAGAGCGAGCACAUGUUUGAGGCGCAUAGGUCGAGGCAGUCGAGGUCGACCACUGGCUCCUGCAUUUUUUUCCGUCUGACGCUACUUCAACAUGAAUUAAAAUUAUUGUCUCUGUUCUUGCUGUAGCAGAUUCGCUGUUGGAUGCAACCAGCAACAUCAGCUGCAUGAGAAGUUCUAGUUCAGGCAUCAAAUCUUCCUCUGAUUGAGAGUUCAUCAUUAACAAAUCAGGCGACCGUUCUGGCCGUAGCAGCGUCGAUUUUUGGUGAAGCAGCAGUGCUGAUCGGGACUGUUGCAGCCUUUCUGUUUCCGAUCGGG